AUGGCCCUUCCCCAGGGCCCGGCAGAUGGCAGCCUCCCCAUGGGCGACCCCAGCCCCGCUGACGGCACUUCAGGGCCCAGCCAGGCCCUUGCCAGCCCAGCAGCCACCAGGCGGCGGGCACUCCUCCGGGAGCUCGAGGCCCGGGUGCAGGCGGCCUAUGGGCAGGAGAGGCUGAUGAGUGAGGGGGUGAGUGGCCACUGCCCCAGCUCAUGGCCGGCUCUGCCGCAGGACCGCUGGCAGUGGCCCAGCUGCCCCUCAGGGGGCUCCCACCACAGCCCCGGCCCCAGGCCCAGCCCUGAGGAUCAGGGGGGCCCCAGGCCGGGCCUCCAGGGCUACGCGGUGCUCAACAGGCUGGUGGGCCCCGCCUGCAUCUUCCUGCGCCCCAGCAUCGCCGUCACCCAGCUCGACCGGGAGCUGCGGCCAGAGGAGAUCGAAGAGCUGCAGGCCGCCUUCCAGGAGUUUGACCGAGACCGGGACGGCUACAUCGGCUACCGGGAGCUGGGUGCCUGCAUGCGGACACUGGGCUACAUGCCCACCGAGAUGGAGCUCAUCGAGAUUUCACAGAAGAUCAGUGGCGGGAAGGUGGACUUUGAAGACUUCGUGGAGCUGAUGGGCCCCAAGCUGCUGGCAGAGACGGCGGACAUGAUCGGCGUGCGCGAGCUGCGGGAUGCCUUCCGGGAGUUCGACACCAACGGGGACGGCUGCAUCAGCUUAGGUGAGCUCCGGGCGGCCCUCAAGGCUCUGCUGGGGGAGCGCCUCAGCCAGCGGGAGGUGGACGAGAUCCUCCAAGACACUGACCUCAACGGGGACGGCCUGAUCGACUUUGAAGAGUUUGUGCGAAUGAUGUCUCGCUGAGCCUGCACAGAAGCUGGAGGCAGCAGACAGGACUUGGGACCACAGCCACUGCCUGCCAGUGUGUCCCUGGAAGCCCACUGCCUCCAACUGGGACCCUCCACCACUCCUCCCCACCCCCUGCCUGUGUUCAAUGCCUUUGCCUGCCCUCACCCCAUGCGCACCCCUCCAUCAAGCCCCCUUGCCCAUGCCUGUUCUUCUGACAAUAAAGUAUCUUCGGGCCUGGGGAGAUGGCCUCCACCUCUCACUUCUUUGUCCUGGAGGACCCCGUAUUUGGCCUCCAAAAGUUAAGUCCUGGGUCACAAGCCCCCUCGACUGUGAACUCCGGGUGGACAGGGGCCCUCUCCGGAUCCUGGGCCCUGCCCUGAGCAAGUGUGGGGGAACAUCCCUGGAUGAGUAAACCCAACUCGCUUCUGCCAGAGCUGGGUGGGCAUCAGCCCCUCAUCCUGUGAAUAGCUCCUGACAGAUCCAGGAUGACAUUGCA